UGUGUAUGUGAGUGUGUGUAUGUGUGUGUGUAUGUAUGCAUGUAUGUGUGUGUGUAAAUGUGUGUGUGUAUGUAUGCAUGUAUGUGUGUGUGUGUGUGUGUGCUCUGGGCUGCAGACCAGGACUGGGACCAGAGCCCUGAGGACCUCCAUCAUGUCGCUGCCUCAGCAUCUCCGAGAGGGAAGUGACUUCGACCAGCUGCCUCACAACGUCCCCGUCAGCGCCAACAUCGCCGACAUCGAGGAGAACAAAGGCUUCAUCGACUACUUCGUGUUCGUGCUGGAGGUGAAGACCAAAGGGGGCAGUAAGUACUUCGUGUACCGGAGGUACCGGGAGUUCUUCACCCAGCACCAGGAGCUGGAGGCCAGGUACUCCAGGUACUCCAGCUCCUCCCCCGAGGACCCGGACACCUGCGUCCUGCCGCCUCUUCCAGGAAAAAUCUUCAUGGGCAACAAGAGGGAGAUCGCAGAGAGCCGGGUCCCUGAACUCAACACGUACAUGAAGCGGCUGCUGCGGCUGCCCACCUGGCUGCUGCUGGACGAGGCUCUCCGGAUGUUCUUCUACCAGACGGAGCAGGACAGCCAGCAUCAACCGCGCGCCCUCAGGAGGCUCCGCCCACCGACCCGCAGAGUGAAGACGAUCAAACCAAAGAUGGACCUCUUCUCGUCCCCCAGGGCCGAGGUAACGUGUUGUUGUUGUUGUUGUUGUUGUUGCAACACACAGAGUAACAACGUUUUUUCAGAUCAGCACGCAGUUCUCCUCUCCUUCAGGAACGUCUUCCAGCUGGACGACGUGGCCGUGAACUACCGCGACCUGGAGGGCGACCUCAUCCGCGUCCUGGACGACGAGGACGUGCAGCUGAUGAUCCGAGAGAGCAGAGGUCAGCGGGUCAAGGUCACGAGGCCCGCGAACCAGUUCCCAUGGGAGCUGUACGUGACCUUGACCUCUGACCUCUCUGUGUACAACACGGAGGCCUGAGAGGUCAGAGGUCAACGAGGAGAUGUCGCGUUUCAUUUCACCAAAUAAAACAUUCUUUUUGCCGAGG